AUGAUUGAGGAAAUAGAAAAAAUGCAUCACCUCCAGUAUGAACAUGUUCAAAAGUACAUCCAGGCCUUAAGCGAAAAUGACGUGUAUGAAGAAAUUAUAAAUCACAAAAUUCACCUGUACAAGAAAGGGAACGAAACGGAGAAACUGAACAAGUUGGUGAAAAUUCAAGACUUUCUAAACCCAUACAUUAUAAACCAAAGGAAGAAGAAAGCCAAGGAAAAAGUAGAAUACAUGAUUGCUUGCAUUCUUAAAGGAGAAAAUAUUGACCAAAUAAUACAUGACAUGUUCAGAAAGAAACUCAUUGAUGUGUACGUCCUCACGUUCAUUGAUGAUAAGGUGAUGGAGGCGCACGCCAAGUUGUUUCGGGGGCGUGCUGGCAGCGUUAGCGGCAUUAGCAGCGAAGGCCGCGUUAGCGGCGUUGGCGGGGGUAGCAGCGAUGAGGGCGUCCAGGGGCAGGCAAAGCGGGCCGAGCCCGGCGGAGAGGACCAAAUGAGCAUGACGGAGAAAAUCCUGAGGAUGCUCAAGGACCGCAUUGUGGCACAGCAAAAGCUGCAAGUGAAAGGCACCUUCGACUUCACCAGGAUAGUUUUCCUCUCGACCACCCUAGACAUGAGUGAAGAUAGGCAACCCAUAAUCAAGUCUGUCAUUAGGACCAUAGAGCAGCUGGAAGAAUUUGAGCUGUACUUGCUAGACGCACUGGACUAUGCGGAGACAAAUGAAAAAAUGAAGCAAUACAUCCCCCACUUGGAGCUUCUACUAACCACAUGUAAAAAAAUGAACCCCAUAUUUAACCAGCUCCUAAACAAACAAACCGAAAACGUUCGCUUCUUCCCGGAUAAGAUUGAUAUGUCACAGUUUAAGGAAUUGUAA